UAAAAAUAAAUAGCGAACGAUUUCUAUUUUUCAUAAAGAGGAAAGAAAAUUAAUAUUUAACAAUGCCGGUGCCCGGAGGAGUUUACCAAAGUCAAGGCCCUUCAUGUUUCGAUAAAAUGAAAAUGGGUUUCAUGAUUGGAUUUUGUGUAGGCAUGGCAAGUGGUGGUUUGUUUGGAGGUUUUACAGCUUUGAGAUACGGAGCGAGAGGAAGGGAAUUGGUACAUUCUGUUGGAAAAGUAAUGCUCCAAGGUGGAGGAACUUUUGGUACUUUUAUGGCAAUUGGAACUGGAAUUCGCUGUUAAUGAGGAUGUUUAAGAUUAAAAGAAUUUGUAUAUAUCGUAAUAACGUGUGUAGUAGCAUAAAAAUUAUUUUCUUAAAAGGAAGUGGAAUUGUUUAGAACAUUUCAGGCAUAAUUAAAAUGGGGGUUAAUAUGAGGAGGUUACAGUAGUUUUUUUUUACAUUAAAAUUUGUUUAAAACACCAGCCUAGAGUUUAAUGUUAGUUGUCUUCUCUACUUCAGACUUCAAAAUGACAAUUUUCUCUAAAGUGCAUUUAUAUGAUUAACAAAUGUAAUGUAAAAACCUAGUUGUUAGAAUGGCUUAAAUAUCAGUAUAAA